AUGAAGACCAUCCUCGCACCCCUCUUUCUCCUGGCCGGCCUCGCCGCCGCAAACUUCGACCUCUACCAAGUCGACGAGAACAACAGCUGGGACGGCACCGGUGCUUUCAGCCAGUGGAUGAUCUUUGAAGCCGAGCCCGACUGCGACCAAGCCCUGGGCAAGCGCGACUCCUUCCGCGUCGGCUCCUCCGACGACGUCUCAGGAGACGCCGGCGUCCGCUGCGAGCCCGUCGAGCAGUGCUACUACUACGGCAAUCCCUCGGAGAUCUCCACCAUCGAGAUGAACUUCAACAGCGACGACCCUGCAAAGUACCACUUUACCAUCUACAAGGAUAGAAACUUUGACAUGGUGGGCCUGGAUGGGAAUGUGUAUGGGAACUGUAUUGUUUUUCCUGGGGAUGACUUUCAGUGCAGUGAGGGGACGUGGAGCAAUGGGGGCAAGAGGAUGUUCAGGUGUUUGACCGAGGUCACCGUGCAGAACAUCAUCGAUGCGCAGGGUGGCAUGGUCGGCUAG